AUGAAUAACAGUGGAUUCCCAUAUGUCACUAGAGAAAAUGUUGCCAGCCACCUCCAGAAACAUCGAAUGUAUCUUAAGAAGAAGCUACUAAAAAAUAAAGAGUCUGGCAAUUCCUCCAAAGAUAAACCAUCUUCCCUUCCAUCUUCACAAUACCAUUGCAACUCCCAAUCAAGACCGAGUUCGAGUUUCGAACCUAUUAUUUGCCCUAAUCAUGAUCUUCCUCCCAUCAGCCACCCCCAACAUCAAACAUGGGCAAAUCAGCCAAUGGACAAUAAUGUACAGCUUCUCGAGUUUGAUCAAAACUAUCAUUUUGACCAAAAUAUUAUGCCGUCUCCGUUUGACCAGCCAGACCAAACCAUUUGUGCAAUGCCAUACCCUCAAGCGCCUCAUCCUCAACCAAUGGGUCAACCAUCAUUAAAUGGUGCUCUAGAUUUUGCUAUCAUGGUUAACCUUUUUGGUGGUCCUCAGAAUUUACCCAAUCAAUUCCCCAAUAUUAAUGCUAAUCAGCACUUUCAUCCUCCUAAUUAUGUGCCUAACUUUGAUGAUCUGAGCAACAAUUACUUUCCCCACGAUUGUACUAUCAACUUUGAGAAUCUUCAAAUUGAUUCCGAGAAGAAUAUGUAUGGAGUUGAUGGACUAAGCUAUUCUGAUGCUUUCGAGUUUGGCUAUCCUAUAAAGCAAAACGAGUUCGGACAAGCUGUUCCAACUAUGUUCUACCCAUCUAAUAAUCAACCAAACGAUGAUGCUUCUAUGUUGCCACAAACCUCUGAUAUGAAUGUGAAUCCAGCAAAUCCAUGGGAAGAACAAGGCAAAGGAGAAGGAUCCAAUUCGACAUUUGAUCCAUAGUUGAGAAGUGGUCUUAUAUUUUGAGCUAGUUGUAGGGAUUUAUCUUUUUGUUGAUUCUUAGGGUUUCUAUUCAAGCUAUUCCUUUUUAAGACAAG